CUCGCUGGUAUUUCUUCCUCUUUCUCUCUUUCGCAACUGGUCAAACGGUCGAUAGUGAGGUACGACUAAUCACUCAAAACACAAGCACUCGACCCGAUUAGUCGUAUCUCACUAUCGUCCGUUUCCCAGCGAUUGCGACUAACAACGCAAUCGAUCCACGUCGGAAGUCUCCGCAACCGGCGGGCAACGGCGCUUUAUCGAAGACGCGGACAGCUCCGAUACCAGCGAUGGCAGCGAUAGCGGCGAUGGUCCCCAGGGAUUGUCGACGUAACAUGCUAGAUCCGAGGGUCCUAUCUUCAUUGCCCGAAUCUUAAUCCUGCCACGCGAAGAAACAAUCGAAUCGAACGACGUGAUACCUGACGACCAAUCGUCCAGAAGGAAACCGACCGCCUUGUUGAUGAACGACCGAAUAAUCGCAAUGGCCCCCUCUCACCCUCCCGAAGACCUGCUCGGUGCCCUCCUCGGCACCACCGAAUCCGACAUUAUCCCCCUUACCCACGCCGGCGUCAGCUCGGGAAGCAAGGUCUUCGGCGCAGCCAUCCUCUCCUCGGCGUCCCUCAAACCGUACACGGUAGCGACGAACGACGAACGCGCAUCGCCCCUCCUCCACGGCGAGAUCAACUGCAUCCAAAAAUUCUACACCUCCUUCUUCCCGGACCCCACCAACCGGCCGGACCCCCGAGGGGACUGCGUCUUCUUCGCCACCCACGAGCCCUGCAGUCUCUGCCUGAGCGGCAUCGCGUGGUCGGGUUUCCGGGAGGUGUACUUCCUCUUCACAUACGAGGACAGCCGCGACCGCUUCGCGAUCCCGUACGACAUCGACAUCCUCGAGUCCGUUUUCCGAGUCCGCGCCGAGGGCGAGGCUGACGACGCUCUCGAGCGCCGCGCAUUGUAUAACCGCGACAACAAGUUCUUCCAGGCCCGCAGCCUCGGUGAGCUGGUGGAGGCCGUGCAGGACCCCGUGGCGCGCGAGCGCUGGCGGGCCGAGGUAGAGAGAGUCAAGGGACUCUACGAUGGUUUAAGCGAAGUAUAUCAGGAAGGCAAGGCCAAGGGCGUCGAAAGCUCUAGUGUGUGGAAGUAGGCCCCAAAUUUUCUCUACGGGAAGAGGAGCGCACUGUGUUGACGAUGCGGUUGGGGAGGGGGUGUGUACAUGGGAAGGCGUGGGAUGCAAGCUGGAAACAGCAGCCCGCGUAUGUAGGCCUGGAUGGCUCGGGAGUUGUGAUGAUAGACUACCAUCUAGCGUACCUUUCCGUCGGCGAAUCUGCGUGCGAUGUGACGAUCACUGCCAGGAUGCGCACGCGGGAUCGCAUGUCGGGCGAAGGGACUGAAGAGUUAGGGGUAACACGAAAGCAGCAGGUGUGCAACGAGCAUUGGCCUUCGUCCCUGCGCCAUUCCCUCCCUAAAUAAUAUCGCAUUUUAUCCUAUGGUUCCCAUCCUACAAUGACCGAGCAGAGAUGUAACUA